GACCGCGCGUGCGCUGUGGCAGACGCUUACCUCAGCCUCAGCUAUCAGACCCGCGUCGGAGCCCGGCCUGAUUUCCGGGGCGUGUGUUGUGAUCUGGGGCUGUGCGCGGUGCCUUGCCCCUCCCACCCCUCAGCUGCCGGGGGCUGGCCGCCUGCCUGCCGGCAUUCAUCCCGGACAGGAGGACGCAGAGCCCGGCCCCGCUGGAGGAGGCCGCGGAGAGCCCGAGCCCAUCCUUGCGGAAUUGCUUGUAAUAGCAGGAAAAUGGUUUUGGAAAGAAAUAAGUUCACCUCUCUCUAAUCACGAUUCAAGAAACUUUCAAGGACCAAUGCACCCAACAGCUCAUGGAAGAAAAAAUUCGUAUCAAGACAUCGUUGGUUUCUAAAUUACCGAAAUAUGGAACGAAAUCUUUAGGGAGCACCCUACAGCCAAUCACAAAUAGGACAGCUGUUACCUUGUCAGGGAAUCCUCAGAGCAGCCCUGGUAAAAAUUGUAUUAAGCACAAUGGCACUGAUAGCAUGUCUUCCUUUUCUUUUAACUGGCAAAAAUCAAAUAAAUAUCAACUUGAUAAUCAAAGCGGUAGAGAAUCUAACUCUGCUCAAAAUUCCAGUGAAAAACUAGUCGAUUCUGAGAAGUAUUCUCCAUCACAAGGAGGAUUUGGUAAAGAUGUGCUCACCACCUCUUCAAUAGCAUCAAAAGCAGCAAAACAAGUCAACAUGUUUGUAUCCUCUACAGAAGAAUUAAACCAAAAGUCUUUGCUUGGACUGUCUAGUUCGGUGAAAUUCACCAAAGGUACGUUAUUUGGCAGAACUUCAUUGUCUGGAGUCAGUUAUCCAAAAUCACGUUUAUAUGGAUUUUAUGGAAAUAGGUCAUCUGUAGACCUGCAGAGGUGUAAAAUUAACUCCAGUGCCACCAAGACUAGUUCAGGAGAGAGUUUAGCACAAUCAACAGAUAACAUUGCAUCAUUUUCUUCUGAAAAAAUGGUUAGAUCACAAAGCUUUUCACAUUCUGUUCAGAAUUCUUUCCUCCCUGCUGCAUCCUUAACUAGAUCACAUUCCUUUAAUAAAGCUGUAGAUCUUACAAGGCCUUAUCAAAAACAACACCUGGCUAUUAGAGCAUCUCAGAGGUCUAUUCUGUUGUCCAGAAAAACACAACAGUUGGAUGUAGCCAGUGGAAAUGAACCUUUAAGGUAUGGAUUUACUAGGCCAUACACUGGUAUAUCAACCUCUGGUUUAAAGAAGCUGCCAGUCUCAAAUGGAUCCAGGGCACCACCCUCUUUGGGCUAUAGGAUGGGUCGUCCUUCUUUACUGAAAACUAGUACACAGCAGUUUACUGGAAAGACCAUUGUGGAUGACAACAAAAGUACAACUACUGACAUUUGUUUAGCAAAGGUCUCUGAGAUUAUAGUAGGUGUCAAUGAAACCACUGAGAAAAAAGAUAUAGAAAAUGAUAGUCAAAAAAUAGAAUAUGGUGAAGCCCUCCAUGACAGUCUGGGAAACCAUGGCUCAAAAGUCAUAUGUAUGAAUGAUGAUGUGGAUGAAAUAUCCAUAUCUUCCUUAUCCUCUUCUGAGAAGAAUGACCUGAGUGAAGACUUCAGCGAUGACUUUAUAGAUUUAGAAGAUGCAAACAGAACAAUGCAAGCAAAGCAAGAAGUCCCUGUUAAAGUACAUAGAUGUGCAACGCCAGUAGAUCCAGUCAUUUCUCUCCAAAAAAGUGAAAGGUCUCAUUGUAACACCAAUAAAUGGCUGGAUAUCGAUGUUUCUGCUAUAGCUGACAAGAAUGAAAGCACAAAGCAUACUAUUGGGAACAACUUGAUUUCUCCUGACAUGGACUACAGAGGUGGCUCAUCUUUAGAACUUUCUCCAUCUGAUAGUUCCGAUGGAACAUAUAUGUGGGAUGAAGAAGGUUUGGAGCCCAUUGGGAGUGUCCAUCCAUGUGGAAGUUAUGAAUCUUCAGAAAUGAACAGCAUAGAUAUCUUGAAUAACCUUGAUUCGUGUGAUCUUGAAGAUGAUGAUCUUAUGCUUGAUGUAGACCUACCUGAAGACACACCUUGUGACAAUGUGGAUUACGAAAACAUGAAUCGUUAUGGUAGACAAGACAGAAAUCUGCGGCAACAACAGGAUGGAUUCUGGAAGAGAACACCACAAUGUUGGAGUGCACAAGACUGCUGUCACUUGGGUCAUUUAGACCACUUUCCACAUAGCAAAAAUGAUCUGAGCAGGGACUCCUGCCACUUAGAACCUCCUGUUGAUCACUUUGAAGACUAUGGAAUACCAAAUAUGUGCCAGACUCCUAGGCAAUUGGUGGGCUUGCCAGAAAACACAGUGAUGCUUGAUGAAAUGACCCUUCGGCAUAUGGUUCAAGAUUGCACAGCAGUAAAAACUCAGUUACUAAAACUGAAAAGAUUACUACACCAGAAUGAUGAGACUGUCUAUUUUCAGGACAUCCCACUCUCGAUGCCAUCAAGCCCAGACCAACAGGAUGUUGAGCCUACAUAUAAGACUGAAGAUCUGCUAAAUGAGAUCAGGCAGCUUAAAGAAGAUCUGAAGAAAAAAGAUGAAACAAUCAAACGAUUAGAGAGCCAGCUUGCCAGUAGGUGUAACUGCCACAUAGACGGCCAAAACCAUAAAGGGAUGACGUACACGUAUGCUGACAAAUUUACACAAACCUCCUGCAGGAGAAAUUCUCCUCAAGUACUACAGCCUUCCUGCAUCCUUCCCAGUUCCACAGACCUCGUCCAGGGAAAAUUAAUAAAAACCCCACAUAUCGAGGCCCACAAUGAACACCUUAAACAGGGCCUGCAUGAAAACAAUGAUUGUUCCAUUCAAAAUGCUGCAAGUGGCUCUUUCAUAAAGAAGUUGAAUAUUUUGAGUAAAUGUUUAAAUAUCAAGGACUUGAAUGAGUGUGCACCUUUUGAUGAGAAUUUGAAGGUUAACAAGGGUGCUAAAGAUCAAGGAGAACUGGCUACUAAUGAAGAUAGAACACCUUCUUCAUUUCAGACAGCUACCCAAGUGGAUGUUAAAGAUGUGCAGACUAAGUUAGCUGUGAAAAGUCAACCUUUAUCUCCAAGCCAGGCUUCUCAGCCAAAGACUUUAAGAGCUUCAGAGUCCCCAAACCAGAAUGCUUUAGUGCCUCCUACAGUAGCCAUUACUGCACCAUCUCCAACCUGCUCCAUUGCUUCCACGGAACCUAAGCUAUCACCACUAAGUAGUGCCACACAGCUACAAUCAGCAGCUAGUCAGAGAAACCUAAAGAGUAAACCGAGUCAGAGAAUUUCUAAACUUCAUCCGCCAACUAUUUCCUUUGUUAAAUGUAAGCAAAUAAGAAACCCGAAAUCUUUGCUUAUAUCUGCAGAACCUCAGAUCUUCCAUUCCAAGACUAACAUCCCAAGGCCGCUGGCACAAAAAAAGGAAAAUGUGCAAAAUCAGAGUGCCAGUUUGCAUUUUGGGGAUAGUUUAGCCUCUAAUUGGCAUUCCCGCCUCCCUAAACCAAAGACACAUUAAAAACAUGACAUCCAUAUGCACAUCUCAUUAGAAAAAAUUAUACAUUGCUUUAUUUAUGACUUUAUCCAAAUCCUGAAUGAGUAUUAAAAAUGGGAUCUGUUAUUAAAAUUUGCCUAUUGCAAUCUGAAAGUUGAUGCAAUCAAAAACUGUCCAUCUUCUCUUAAAAGAUCAUAAUGGUUUAUACUUGCAUCCUGUAUUACCGUUCUGUCUCUCCUAAUAACUUAACAAAUACUGAAAUCUGUGAUGACCACUGAGCACUUUUCCACGGUGUUUCACCAUGCAUUUGAGAAGGGUAGUUUGCUUGCAGAAUUAAUUACUUGUUUUUAUUAAUGUGAACUGUUGGACAGCAGAAUCAAUAUUCAAUCUAAUCUUUCAGUUCUGACUUCUAGUUAGAUUUAUAGCAGUGGAAAAUUAACUUAGAUAUCUAAUUUAUUAGCAUAUGUUACCCUGGACAUAAUUUCACUCUAUUCUAGAGGCCUAUGCAAAAUCUUCAUACUUACCCAAAUUAUCUCAUGACUCUAAUAAAAUAUAAUUAAUGUUGUUUUAAUCUAGAUUUGAUACCCUGAAGGUAUCACAAUGCUGCUGUAUUUGCUUUUAAGCUGCUCUUUACCAUUCACGGAUUGCAAACAGAUCUCAUAGGGUGAAAUAGCUCUUAUUUGCACAGAAACUUCGAUCCAUCCGAAUAGUGUACUGAAACUGUAGUAUCUCUUGUGGUGUUUAAUAGAUAUUACUGGGUAAAUUUUUGUAACAGAGAGCAAAGGAUACUUGUGCAAAAAAACUGUGCAAGUGCUUUUCAGAAGGUGUAUAAUGAGCCUCUGGGGAUACGGAAUCCAUAAAAGCUGAGCUGGUGGUUUCACACCAUACAUUUUAAUUAUUUAACUUUCUUGUACUAUUUUUAUAUGUAUUGACUUCCUGCUUAUUAUUGGAAGAACUGAGGUAUCUGAGUUGAAAUGUUUGCACAAAACUUGAGCAUAUAUUCAGGGAUUUGAAAUUAUUUUACAUAAUAAAACUUACUUUUAAAAAGCCCUUCUUUUUCUAAGACCCGCAGCUUUGCUUUGAGCAAUUUUCUGAUGUCAUUCUUAGACCUGGAAAUAUGGUUAUUUCAGGGAAGGGUACCUUCUCAAAGAUAGGGGGUUCCUAGGAAGGAAUUCUGGGAAAAUAAAAUAAGGAAAUACGUUUCUUCUCUCUUUAGCAAGAUAUCUGGUCUUCAGAUAUUUGUCAGGUGGUAGCAAUGGGGUCCCAAAGUUUGAAAAAUACACAUACUAUGGGUUGAGUAAGUGCAUAUCCAGCAAAGUGUUCCAAAAAUUUACCCUGGUAUCCCCCGGAAGCAUAGUACCUUGUUGUCUUUAGCUUAUGUAUACCUGAGAUGCAAGACUAGCAGCAGAACAGUCAGAAAUAAUAUUUUCAAAAACUUACUCUUCAGUAUGUAAUAAAACAGAGGAGCAAGAUACUGUGCUUAUAGGCCUUUGCAGAAGGAAGGUGUAAUACAGUACACUUUUCCAGGGAAUAUAUUGUACAUGUAUAUCUCUACAGGAACUUUUCAAUAAUGAACUCUGGCUCAUAAGACAAUGGUGGCUAUCCCAGUGAAAAAAUAAGUGACAAACUUUUGAAGAGAUAACAUAUGAACAAUGCAAGCAUAGUGCUGACAGUGUGCUCUUUUAAUCAGGAGUUAGGUGAAAUAAUUUCAUAAGUAUACUUUGUUUAAUCUGUUCAUUUCACAUCUGGUUAUACAAUUCUGAAAUGAAACAGAUUAAUGUUUUAUGUUAACUUAUUUUUAAAAAUCUAUUUACCAUUAAUAUUGUACUUGUUACAGAAAUUGAUCAAAACAAGUCUAAGCACAAGACUACUGUUAUAAUGACUUAAGUUUUUUUCCUUCUAGAAACAUCUUGACAAUUCUGUUUGCUGUCCAGAAGCAGAGCAGGUCUUAUAUUUGAGCAGUAAAUAAAAUUGACUUUGUGUAUAGUCAUAGAAUUAAUUCCAGGUGGUUGACUGUUUCUCUAGAGUUUGAAAAUUGCUGAUGAAAUAAUCAUGUUGUUGGCUCAUUUUCAGGUCUGAAUAGAUUUUUAUGGAAGUUUUGAAAGUUGACUUUACUUAAAGGGAAGGUGAUUUUAUUUUUAAUUGUAUAUAGUUUGAGGGACUUUCAUGAAAAAGAAUGCUAUUGGUAUAGAGAUAUUUCAGAAUGGAUUCUGUUAUUCUCCCUUUCUUCCGUCAGUCCCCUAAGUUUUACCAUUCUGAUUUACUUUUCAAGAGAUGGUAAAAAUAAACUAUUUAGUUUAAAAAAAAAAAA